UGGUGUCCACCCCACGUACCCCCCCCCACCCCACACCUUACACCCCACCGCCCCGCGUCCCCGCCAUGGUGAACUGCGCAGUGCGCGGCUGCCGGAGCCGCUCGGCGCGAGACAAGCACGUCUCGUUCUUCCGCAUCCCGUGCGUGAUCCACCACCACGACGACAAGACGCGGCAGCUGUCCGUGCAGCGCCGCGCCGCCUGGCUCCGCCGCCUGCGACGCGGCGGGGGUGGUGGCGGAGACGACGCGCCGGGCGAUGGACCUGGAGCAGGAGGGGGAGCGCGCGUGUGCGGCGCGCACUUCGUGCACGGCAAGCCGUCGGCGCUGUUCGAAGUGGCGCAUCCGGACUGGGCCCCGUCCCUCGCGCUGGGAAGUGACAAGCGCGCGCGGCCCACUCGGCAUGCGGCCUCCGCUAGGGAAGCGAACCACGACGGUGACGGCGCGGGUCGCGGGCAGCGCGAGCCGAGCGGUGAAGCCGAUAUGAAUUUUGCGGCUUACAGCAGGCAUACAGUCCUGCAAAGUCAAGUGGACGGAACACGACCCAGGAGCAGGACGAUUGUGAAAAUUGAAACCUCUUGUCCUGGUGCAUCCAAAGACCAAUUCAGCGGACUGCAAGGGGAUGUGGUUAACUGUGACACGUGGACACUGGCGGUUGUGAAAAACGAAAAAGGUUGCGCAGAGGAGGAGAUGCAGGCUGGCGUGGAGGCUGGCAUUGAGCGGCCCGGUGGCACAAAGCCUGCGUGGGCCGAGGUGGAGGUGGAGCUGGAGGAGACGAGCAACGGAGGAAAGCCAGCGAUGCCGACUCCGGUCCCACGCGUCCCUCGCAAGAAUCUGCGGGGAGCGCGGCGGAAGAAGCGCUUCACGGCCGCUGAGCUGCGUCUCCUGGCUGGGCUCGAGGUGUCCGGGCACCGCGGGAUCCUCGCCGGGCUGGGCGUGCCCCUGGCCUUGCGUCCGGGGCGAGGGGCAGCAGCCCGGGAAGAAGUCGGCCGCCCGCCGAGAGCACGCCCGCGGACUGAGAAAUCGCGGUGCGGGAAACCUCCGGUUUGCCCGCUCCACGUCCGGGUGACGGGCCGCGGGGCGUCGGGCGACGAGCCGCGGGCGGGGACGACCGUCGGGCACGCGGCGGCACGGCGCCAGCGGCAGGGGCUGACGUCCGCGGAGCGUCUCGCGCUGGCGUCCUACAGGCUGGAGCAGAUGGAGGGCGGCACGUGCGGCCCCGACGCCGCCGGCUCCUCCGACGAAUCCGCCACUGCCCAGCUUGAUCCCAGCCGGCCGCGCACACCGACGGAGCCGCCCCAUUCCGCGGCGUCGGCGCCUCCCGCGGCGUCGGCGUCUCCCGGCGGCGGCAACAGCAGCAGCCGCCCCGCAGGCCGCAAGCGACGGGAGCCUGGGGGACGCGCGCGGGAGCCCGCUCUACCGACUCCCCCCACCGCGGGGGGGGCUCCCAGAAUCCCCCGCGGCACCGCCGUGGCUCGACGGCGUGGGACGCGUGCCGGGCGCGAGGACUCGCCGACGGCGCUGCUGCUCCGGGCCGACGGAGACGCGGCGAGGAGGCAGCUGAGGCGGGUGGAGCGCCGCGUCUCCCAGAACGCCCGCUGGCUGCGCGCGGAGAACGCCCGUCGCGACGAGGAGGUGGGGCUCCAGCGGGAGCAGUUGAAGAUGCUCGGCAGCAUCGACCGUCGGCUGAAGAACCUUCCCUCCCUCCUGGCGCCGUUGUUGCGGCGAUGGAAGAAGGGUGGUGGAGAGUUUCGAGCGUGAGGUUUCGUGCUCAAAGUGGACGUGGGUCAGCGAAAUGACGGAAGGAAACUGAUGUUAUCGAAUGAGCUCGCAGGAACGCAAGUGAACAGAAGAAAAACAAAACUAUUGUUUGGCUCGAGGAAUUGAAAAGAUCGUACGACUUGAACUCAACGUUAAAUCGAUGCGAUGUAUUAACCCUUUCCCAUCGGAAGGAAAAGGCCACGCGGGAGAGCAUGGCGCAGUUCUGCGCCAGCUGUCGUAGAGUAGCCGUCGCCACGCUUCUCUGCGGCGAGUAGUGUACAAUGUCCUUAAAAGAACGGCGCUACCGCCCCUCUUGGUAAAAUUUACCCGAACCGCUUGCGCGUUCCCAGAUUCAGCGGUGAACGGAACGCCCACCCUGCAACUUGCAGAUGUCUCGGAACGUGUCAAUUGUCUCUGGCAAGUUAACCUCCAGAUUGAUCGAGAUCACAUCCUGGGUGAUCACGGCACAAAUGACAAACAUCGUACGAUAUGGGUGAAGGCCUCCCCCACACACUGUGUCGGUCAUGUGGGUUGCUUGACCAUACUUCACCACGCCGGUCAGUGCAGUUUGGUGAAUGAGGGCCAGAGGUCGCAAACGGGUUUUGAUUCCUUACCCGUACCCGUACCCGGCCGCACCAGGGUCGCAAACGGCUACCCGUACCCGUACCCGGCCGGGUAUCGGGUAGGGUAUCGGGUAGGGUACGGGUAUCGGGUACCCGAUUGCGACUUCUGAUGAGGGCUGCCACGGCUGAUGUUAGCCAUGGCGGGCAAUCGAGCUCAUGUUGCCCGGGUUUCGGAGUGCAGUGCGCUAACCCACCACGCCACCUCUCCACCACCACCUCUGCCGUAGCGUCACUGGCGAUAAGUGCUUUUACAGUGGUGGCUCGAGACGUAAACAAGCCAAGUGAAAAAUAUCAACUCGAAUUCAAAUCCUGAUCAAUGUCACGUGCUAAUCAACAUCAAGCCAAUUACGAUCUCGUCGCUAUCUUGUCUGCAACUCUCUCUCAUCUCAUCUUGCCACAUCCCUAUGGUACAUCUACAUUUUUCUCAUGUUAUAUCUCGAACUAUUCUCUCUUGUCUUUUCUUUCAUUUCACUCAAGAGUUUACACGUUUAAACGGGGGCCCCAAAAUAGAUUUUUGUUCUUCGGACCGCCAAAUUGGCCGGCACUACCCCCCCCACCCAAAGUAAAGAGUUAUUAUUCUUUGUUCUUUCGGUAAAGUCACGUAGAAGGGAAACAAUAAAAUAAUAAAAAUAUAAAAAAUAUAAAAAUUUGUUUCCCGUCUACGUGCCUUUACCGAAAGAACCAAGAAUAUGAAUCCCUGCAGUCACGAAAGCUUUAAAUCAAAAUUUUAAAAGUUAUUGUUAUUCUUAUAGAGUCGUCGGUGUUAUUAGCGCUGUCAGGAUUGAGUGUGUCUCGAGAUAUUUCUGUUGGCAUCCAAUCGGAGCAUCGUUAAUUCAUGAAUUAAAUAUUUUUUUGCACAGUAUUCCUUCUUUCUCCACUUGGACGAAAUGCACGCGGCGAUUGGAACAGAUUCAGAUCCACACCUGGAGCCAUUUUUAGGGAUCCUCCGUCAGACGUCUGUUGUGUGUGUGGACACUGAGCUGCGUUGUGAACAAUGCUGGGAGUGUCGAUGGGUGAGAGUCGUGGGCGAAGCGGAAAGAAAAGUGAGGUGACCUGAAGUGUGAGUGAGUGUGUGGGUGAUUCAGUGUGUGGCGUUGUGAGGAGCGGUGGUGUAGCGGUUAGCGCGCUGCGCUAUGAACCUGGCCACCCGAGUUCGAUUCCCGCUCGUGGCCAACACCAGUGAUGAUUAUCUGAACCGGACCUGGGCCUCCCCUAGGUCGACUCAGCCUCAAAUUAGUACCUGGUGCGGUGUGUAAACAUCGCCACUGGGGACGUAAAGGUGGCCGGGCGUGGUGUUGGCCACCCACACCCCCUCGUGUGCUGUGCCGGCCAUCAUCUUCUUCUUCUUGUUCGUCCAUCAAAGUUGAUGAUGACCAUGGCACGUUUGUCAUUUUGUUGGGUUUUGAUGAGUGCGCAGAUGGCUGAAGAGGCCAAUCCGAGCCCAGAAUUCUCUGUGGCACACUGGACAGGUCAGGGAGGAUGUAGAGCUCUGAGGUGCAGCCACACGUCCUUCCUUGGUAGAUUUGCGCUGCUGCCUCUUCAAGAUAGCACAGGAGCGUCUCCUACUCUCACAGAGGACUGCACCAUCCUGUACUUUUCUUCUCCAGGCAGGUCGGUCCUGUGCUAGGGAUUCCCAGCUUUUCAGGUCGAAUCCAAAGCUCUUCAAGGAAGCUUUAAGGGUGUCCUUGUAGCGCUUUUUGGGGCCACCUUGUGCUCGCUUGCCAUUCCUCAGCUCGCCAAAGAAGACUUGUUUUGGAAGUCUCGCGUAGGGCAUUCUGGUCACGUGGCCAGUCCAUCUAAGCUGUUCCUUCGCAAGCAAGGUGUAGAUGCUGGGGAUAUUUGCCUUGCUGAGGACUUCCGUGUCAGGGAUUCUGUCUUGCCACUUGAUCCUCAGCAGUUUCCUCAGACAGCUCAAGUGGAAAUGAUUCAAUUUCUUGGCAUGGCGCUGGUAAACUGUCCAGGCUUCGCACCCAUACAGAAGAGUUGGUAAGACAACAGCCCGGUAGACCUUCAGUUUUGUCUCCUGCUUGAUGCCAGUCCUUUCCCAUACCGAGUCACAUAGACGUCCAAAGGCUGCACUGCCCUUGACAAUCCUGAUGUUAACUUCAUCAUCUAUGUGCACAGCGUGAGACAGUGUACUUUCCAAGGUAAGUAAACUUGUCAACGGCUGAAAGCUUUUGCCCAUUCACAAAGAUGGUUGGCUCAGUGUAGGGUUUCCCAGGAGCAGGUUGGUAUAGGACUUCAGUCUUCUUUGUGCUGAUUGUUAGGCCGAAGUUGUUGCAGGCUGAGGAGAGGUGGUCCAUACUGUCCUGUAGAUCUUUAUUUGAGUCAGCAGCCAGAGCACAGUCAUCAGCAAACAAAAGUUCUCGAACAGUGAUUUCCUCCACUCUAGUUUUGGCUUGCAUCCUCCGCAGAUUGAAUAGCCCACCGUCAAAACGGUAGAUGAAGUUAAUCCCAGUGUUGUGGUUCUGGAAUGAGUCUUGCAGCAUGGCAGAAAACACCAUGCUGAAGAGCGUUGGCGCUAAAACGCAGCCUUGCUUCACCCCGUUUGUGAUUGGGAACGGAUCAGAGAGUUCUUGCUGGUCUCUAACGCUGGCCAUCAUGUCAUCAUGGAGUUUGCGCACGAUGCCAAUGAACUUGUCUGGACACCCAAACUUGGCCAUGAUUUUCCAUAGGCCCUCCCGGCUGACUGUGUCGAAUGCUUUUGUUAGAUCAACGAAAGCCAUAUAUAGAUCAACAUUUUGUUCUUGGCAUUUCUCCUGUAACUGCCGGGCAGUAAAUACCAUGUCAGUGGUUCCGCGGUCUUUUCUGAAACCACACUGACUCUCAGGUAGCAGACCCUGGUCUAGGUGGACAAUUAGGCGGUUCAGAAGGAUUCUUGCCAAGAUUUUGCCAGCGACUGAUAGUAUGGGGAUGCCUCUAUGGUUGUCGCAGUCCUGCCGAUUGCCUUUUUUUUUUUAUAUAGAUUGAUUAUAGUAGUAUCCUUGAACUCCUUGGGAACGGCUUCUAAUUUCCACAGAGACUGGAAGAGGUCGUCAGUUUCUCGACUAAGCGAGGCCCUCCAGCCUUGUAGAUUUCUGCUGGAAUGGCAUCGGACCCUGGAGCUCUGCCUGAUGAGAGGAGUGUUAUGGCUUUGCUGGUUUCCUCAAUGGAUGGUAGAACAGCCAGGGACUGGUUUAUUUCAACUUGAGGCAGUCUUGCAAUUGCCUCCUCAUUUAUGCAUGAUGGCCGGUUGAGGACCGCGCUGUAGUGUUCGACCCAUCUAGCAAGUAUUUUGUGCUUCUCCGUGAGGAGUGUUGUUCCAUCUGAAUUCAGGAGAGGUGAAGUUCCUGAGUGUUGCGGACCAUAGACCUGCUUGAGUGCAUAAUAGAGGCACUUGGUGUUGUUACUGUCAGCGUAGGAUUGAAUCUCCUCAGCUUUUGCGCACAGCCAGGCGUCUUGCAUGACUCUGAGUCUCUGCUGGACAAUUCUGCGAAUGUUGAGGAAGGCAGUUUUCUUUAAACUUGAGCUGCUGUCAUUCAGAUAUGCUUUAUGCAGGCGGUGUUUUUCGUCAAGGAGUGCUCGGAUUUCUGCAUCGUUCUCAUCAAACCAAUCUUGAUGUGUACGUAAUGGAACACCAAAUGAUUCAAGGGCUGUAGAAUGCAGCACGGUCUUGAGAGCAGUCCAGUCUGCCUCAGCGUCUGUAUGCUCGAAGCUUAGAGACUCCAGGUGAUGAUCUAGAGCCUCAACAAAAGCCAGUCUGGUGUGUUCCUGUUGUAGGCGAGUGAUGUUAAGACGCUUGACGCGUCUAUUUCCUUGUGGGCGUCUGGGAGGCUUAAUCCGGAUGUUCAGUUUGGAGAUGAUGAGACGAUGGUCAGUCCAACAUUCAGCACCGCACAUUGCAUUGGUCACCCUGACAUCGUGCCGGUCGCUCCUCCUCACGAUGACGUAGUCAAUCAAGUGCCAGUGGUGUGUG